AGAUAUCCGGGACACCAAAAAUGACUGCAGCAAUCGUGAUGGGAGUCUGUGGCUGUGGAAAGACUGUUGUAGCACAAGCCCUAGCAUUUGAGGCUAAAGGAGAAUUUGUUGAUGCAGACGAUGUUCAUCCGAAAGAAAAUGUAGCCAAAAUGACAUCCGGAGAAGCUCUUACAGAUGAGGAUAGGUUGCCGUGGCUGAUGAAACUUCAUGAGCAGCUUGCUGUAUGGAUCAGGAAGAGACAGUUUGGUGUUUUGGCUUGUUCUGCACUGAAAAAAGCUUACAGAAAUAUUCUUCGAUUCGGUUCAACAAGUGGCAGUCAUUUAAGAAACGAGUCAUCACUGCCAGUAGUUUUUGUGCAUCUCAAGGGAUCUUAUGAAUUAAUUAGCUGCAGGAUGUCACAGCGAACAGAUCAUUACAUGCCAGCAAGCUUGCUAAGAUCUCAGUUUGACAUCCUAGAGGAACCCGGAGAGGAUGAACCUACAAUAACUGUGUCUAUUGAAGAUCCAGUUAAUGUUAUCAUUCACACUAUACUCAAGGAGCUGGGUGACUGUGGAUUUUCCAUAUUAGCUGAUUUCAAAUGCACACCAUGA